AUGCGUCUCUCAUCAUGUCUAGUCUUCAUUGCCGGCAUCUCCGGCGUGCACGCCUUCUAUCCAUGGGAAUUGCGAAUGAAACUCUCUGAAGAUACUACAGUCGAACGUCGCUUUGUCCCAUGGACCUUGGUUGAAGCGAAAAUUGACAAUGAGAGCACCGACACACCCAACAUACCCGACACGAAACCUUUGACACUUGACCUGAAGAAAAUGCCCGUUCGCCGCGACGAUGGCUAUAAGAUCGUCGAGUCCCAUAAGCCAUCAUUGUCAGACAGCGCACCGUUACACCAGGAUGGAACGGAUUAUUCAUACUUCUCUCCAGUCUACGUAGGUUCUGAAAAGAAAGAAAUGUGGAUGGCAAUUGAUACUGGAGCACCCAAUACCUGGGUCUUUCACUUAAAAUGCCAUGAGCCUGUCUGCGAACGCCAUCACAAGUUCGACCCGUCAACAUCAUCCAGCUACACCACCGACGAUUCAACUUUCACCCUCUAUUACGGCAGCGGCAAGGUCAAUGGAAAGAUGGGAAAAGACACCUUAUCAAUUGCAGGGCUCGAAGUCUUGCAAACUUUCGGCCAAGCCACCAAUGCUUCGGAGGCUUUCCAGAGCUACCCAUUCGACGGAAUCCUUGGUCUAGGUCGGUCGCAUACAGAAGGAUGGAACUUGCCAUCUUUCAUGGACCUUAUUGCCGACAAAAAGCUCAUCAAGUCAAACUUGGUUGGAUUCAGUCUCUCUCGCUCAGCAGACGGUGACAAGGAUGGUGAAAUCAACUUCGGUGGUGUCGACACAACCAAAUUCGAUGGUACCAUCUCCUACACUCCUACCAACAGCAAGAUCUGGAGCAUUGCCGUAGAUGAUGCUUAUGUGAAUGGAAAAAGUUGCAAUUUUUCCGGCAAAUCCGCUACCAUCGACACCGGAACCACCUAUCUCCUGAUCCCUCCUGCAGAUGCCAAAACCCUGUUUUCUCUCGUCCCUCAUGCGUCUCAACAGCCUGACAACCCAAACAACUAUUUGAUCCCAUGUAACUCGACUGCUACCAUAGAGUUCGAGUUCUCUGGUAUCAAGUACAACGUCUCGCCUAAGGAUUAUGUCGGGAACACCGUGUCGGACGGUUCAGACUACUGCAUUUCGACCAUUGUCGGUUAUGCAUCCAACGGUGCAAACUGGCUCGUCGGCGAUGUCUUUUUGAAAAACGUCUACACCGUCUUCGAUUUCGACAACGCACAAAUCGGCUUCGGCGCGCUUGCCUCAGCCUCAGCCUCGAAGUCGAACUCCCACUCAGGCUCGCACUCAAACUCAUCUUCAACAUCAUCGUCAUCCUCAUCCCCGUCCCAGGGUAAUGGGACAUUCACCGCGCCGCCAGUCAAUGGCACCACUGCGUCUACUGCUGACGCCGCAUCAUCCCCAUCAUCAUCAGCCUCUGCAAUGGCCACAAUUUCUCAAAGUUCCGCAUCCCACCUAAUCCGCGGCAUUAGCUGGUCUAUGCUCACGGUCAUGAUUGGCGCAUUUGCUAUUUGA